ACCUACUAUUACUACUCUAGACACAUUCGAUUCACUAUACGAAUCAGUGAUGGUCCACUGAAUAUAAGGAAAUCACAAAUAAUUAAGCAACAUCGCUGUUAAUCACAAAUGUAUGGGAAUUUCGGUGUUGCGAACAGGACACGAAAAUAUUCAGUCCAAAAAACUUCUAUUUCGCUCUGAAAAUGGCAACAAUAAGACCAUUGUGAACAUUUUUCACCGGUUAGUGUUUAGUGAUACAUGCUUGAGAUGAGUGUUUUGGAGAGGAUACUAAGUGCAAUAUUGGUAAUUUCAUUCAUUUUGGGCUCAGCAAUUUCUAGUCUCGGCGAUUGUUCUUAUUAUGGAAGAACAUGUCCCUUUUUACCAGCUCCAGCUGGUAAAACACCCAAAUGUGCAAGGCCAGGACUGACAUUUUGUGAAUAUCCUGACGGCUAUCCUGCAGAGUUAAUCAAGUCACUAGCAAAACAGGAUCGAUACAACCAUCGAUCUCUGGUCACCGAUGAAACCAGGGAUGAAUAUUCAGCAUCGACAGGACCGUAUCCUGCAGCAAAGUAUCCUUUAUCAUAUAAAGGAAUAGAUAUAACAACGUCUUCACCCUAUUACAACAGUGGGGUACAGGGACAGUGGUACAACGGUGAUUUGAACGUACCAAAUUUCACCAAACAAUUCAACCAAUCAGAUCAUUUGUUCAAUGGUUUUGGUGAUCACCAAGGUGGCCUUGCAUCGAACAAUGCGGCUCAGUUCCUUAGAUACAAAUACACGUCGAAUAUACCACAUCCACAACAUCCCUAUAGAGAUCUGUCACCAAGAUUUUUAGGACCAUUCCAGGAUUUUCCCCAUUUCCGCUCUAAUUAUUUAUGGAAAAGAGAAACAAAUCCAUUCAGUCAAGCUCACGAAAGAGUCAAACGAUCUGAAUUACUGAGACGAUUUAUGAGAGAAAUCAGAGAAUCUCCGUUUAAAAAAAAUUCUACAGAGGAGGUAAACCACAAAAGGCAAAAGAGACAAGAUGAUGGUCUAAGUGGUGAAACACUUUGUAGAGCAAAAUCGACUUUUAUUAUGCCUAGAGCUGCUAUGAAUGCUGAUGGAAAUUGGCUGUAUGUGGUGAACAUGGAAGACACCAAUCAAAAAUAUACGCAGCUGGUUAAAACUGAAGUUUGCGCAACUAAAACUUGCAGCUCCCUUUGCGGACUACCUCUUGGUUAUACUUCUAAAUGCGAACAGAAAUACAUACAGAAGAGAUUGAUAGCAUUGCAGGGGGAAGGAGAUCAGCUUUUUACAGAUAUUUUUUGGAUACCAAGCUGUUGCGUUUGUACGAUUCAACAAUCUUGAAGUUAUUCAAUGAGACAGAAUUCCAAAGAAGGAAGUAUUAUUUAUGUUGUUGUUCGAAUAUCGAAUGAACUGAUGUGAAUGUAGCAUAAUUAAAAAGGAAUAGGAAUAUAUAUUAAAUAUUCCAGAAGAAUAAUCACUUCUACAUGAACAAUCUAUCAUAUAAUUAUUUGGAUUAUAUGAUAAAUUAAUUUGUAUCAUGAUAUGAAAUUGUUCAAUUCCUCAUCAAUGAUCUACAACAAUUUACACCGUAGACAUUAGGAUGUGUAUUCUUUCGAACUAUUUUAUUUUUGACAAUUGACUAUGUUACCAUACAUUCAAAUUAUUAUACAUAAUUUCGUUAUAAUAAACUGCCAAGUCUUUCACACAAUAAA